GGCUCAGUGCUCUGCUGGUCGGCCAACAGAGCGACCUCGGGGUUAAGGGGUGGGGCUCGACGUCAGAAGCCAAGAUGGCGGCGGCGGCCAGAGUGUCCUUGAGACCCCGGUUCGCGGCCACAGCCCUUGGCGGAGCCUGCCUUCAGGGACAUGGAGGCCUAAAUUCACACAGAAACCUAUCCACAAGUGUUCAUUGCAGCUUUAUGCAUAAUGGACAAAAACCAGAACAGCCGAGAUGUUCUUCAGCGGAUGAAUGGCUAACCGUGGCCUGCCGAGGGGCCCAGACAGCUGCAGCCGCAGCUCCCCGCAUCAAGAAGUUCGCCAUCUACCGAUGGGACCCAGACAAAACUGGAGAUAAGCCUCGUAUGCAGACUUAUGAGAUUGAUUUGAAUAAAUGUGGCCCUAUGGUGUUGGAUGCUUUAAUCAAGAUUAAGAAUGAAAUUGAUUCUACCUUGACCUUCCGAAGAUCAUGCAGAGAAGGUAUCUGCGGCUCUUGUGCGAUGAACAUUAAUGGAGGCAACACUCUAGCUUGCACCCGAAGGAUCGACACUGACCUCAACAAAGUCUCCAAAAUCUACCCUCUGCCACAUAUGUAUGUGAUAAAAGAUCUUGUUCCUGACCUGAGCAACUUCUAUGCCCAGUACAAGUCCAUUGAGCCCUAUCUGAAGAAGAAGGAUGAGUCCCAGGAAGGCAAGCAGCAGUACCUGCAGUCCAUAGAAGAUCGGGAGAAACUGGACGGGCUGUACGAGUGCAUCCUCUGCGCCUGCUGCAGCACCAGCUGCCCCAGCUACUGGUGGAAUGGGGACAAGUACUUGGGGCCUGCGGUUCUUAUGCAGGCCUAUCGCUGGAUGAUCGACUCCAGAGAUGACUUCACGGAGGAGCGCCUGGCCAAGCUGCAAGACCCCUUCUCUCUGUACCGCUGCCACACCAUCAUGAACUGCACAAGGACCUGUCCCAAGGGGCUGAAUCCAGGGAAAGCUAUUGCUGAAAUCAAGAAAAUGAUGGCAACCUACAAGGAAAAGAAAGCUUCAGCUUAACUGUUCUGAUGCUGAGUGUGACUGGUAACCAGCUCAGCUGAACAUAAUUUAUAUCUAAUUUGAGUUCCUUCAAGUUCUUGAUUUUCCAUGACUACAGCAUGUAUAAUAAAAAUUUAAAAAAUAAAUGUUAUUUUACUUUAUUAACAAAAA